UUUUUUCCUGCUACCCCUCAUUGAGCCACUUGAGCCUGGAGCAGAUGGAAAGACUGUAGUGGGGGGAAAGUAAGCGAGUAGCAGAGAGAGCGAGAGAGAGAGAAUUGGAGGAAACCAUGCAGUCAGUGAGGCAGACCAGCGACAAUGCUUGACGAACUGAACCAGUGAUCAUCAUAAAGCCGUUCUUCCACUUUGACUGAGCUCCUGAGGGUACAAGAAAUCUGACAGGACAGCCCAGAGGGGAAACAUCGACUCAACGAUAAAGCAGAGACGGGCUAAACGAUUCCCAGGACGUUGGGAUAGAAAGAAAGAAAGAGAUAGAAACAAGGAGAGGGAGUUCUACAGAUGAGAGCUGAAGCAGAGGGGUAGAAGGAGAUGCUCAGUGGGAAAGGACAGUGAAGAGAAGAGUGAAACAAGUAACGGGAUUACUGCAAGUGGGUCCAUCUAAGCCAAAGCUGCUGCAAGUAAAGCAGAGACAGACAAAGAUCAGACAGAGUCAGAAAGACAGAACUAGACAAGGAUGGCCAACUCAGGUCUCCAGUUGUUGGGUUAUUUCCUGGCGCUGGGCGGCUGGAUCGGCAUCAUCUCCACCACCGCCUUACCCCAGUGGAAGCAGUCGUCAUACGCCGGCGAUGCCAUCAUCACAGCCGUGGGUCUGUACGAGGGGCUGUGGAUGAGCUGCGCCUCGCAGAGCACAGGACAGGUGCAGUGCAAGAUCUUUGACUCCAUGCUCUCGCUGGACAUCCACAUCCAGACAUGUCGGGCCCUCAUGGUGGUGUCAGUGCUGCUGGGCUUUAUCGGCAUCAUCGUCAGCGUGGUGGGCAUGAAGUGCACCAAGGUGGGAGAUAACAACCCAGCCACCAAGACUCGCAUCGCAGUGACCGGAGGCGCCCUCUUCCUGCUCGCAGGUCUAUGUACUCUGGUGUCUGUGUCCUGGUAUGCCACUCAGGUGUCCUAUCUGUUCUUCAACCCAAAUACACCGCCCAACGCCAGGUAUGAGUUCGGCUCAGCCCUGUUCGUGGGCUGGGCGGCGGCCAGUCUGACGGCACUGGGCGGCUCCUUGCUGUGCUGCUCCUGCUCCAAAGACAUGCGAGGACAGCAAUAUUACCGCCAAUCACAGCCCUCCACAGCCAGGGAGGCAGAGUUGUUGAGUGAAACUAGUUUCCCUGACUGAUCAGCCCCCGCCUUUUUAUCCAGGACUGUCCGACUGUCCAAGCACUGUCUUCCCUUUUUUAUCCCGUUACUUCUUAGACUCAAUUUGGACCUCUUGUAGAAGAAUAUUUCCCUUUCCUCUGUGCUAUAUCAGUUUGAAUGGGAACUCAGAUGAACUGCCUUCUCCCGUUUUUGUCUGACCUUCUGAGCCUUUUCUGUAAAUAUGGACUCUCAUCUGAUCAGAUCUUUUCUUUAAGAAAUGCGUUGGCCUCCUCCUUCAUCUCAGCUUAUAAACACCUCCCCCGCCCCCCUCUGCCCCUUUAUCAACUGAAAGUUAACAAUGAGGGUUUGAAUGAUGAUCGCUGAUUGAUGAUUUUGCUGAUAUCCUAUGACCUCUGGGUGUUUUUGUAAAUGUGUUAGGGUUUAUUUUGUUUCCUCUGUGACUGUACUUUGACUGAAAUGUGUCUUUUUUUUCCCUUUUGAAUUGCAGACCAAAUGUUAAAAGUACCCCACCAGAGAAAAGGGAGCAGUACUUGUAGUUUGGGAGAGUCUUCUGGCCUUUCCAUGGUUUAGAUACUGUCAACAGACAAAUCCCUCUCACCGAGGUAUUCAAAACAGACAACACUCAAGUAUAUUCAAGUAUAUUGUGGCAACAUUAACUUCAGUCUUUGUUCAAGUAAAAUAAAUUGAUUUUGAGAGGUUAAAAUGAAAUAGUUGUUUCAGAGGGAAUAAAAAAGAUGAUCCUUGUUUUGUCUGUUUUGCUGACUUUGGGAGAGAGAGCAUUCAGGGUAUGUUUUCUAUAAUAUGUUAAAAUGCCCAGGUGUAUAUACCACCUAUUCUAUUCUUCCUUUUUUUUUUUACUACAUAUAUAAUGUUUUACUACAGUGCCUUAUAACACAUGUUUGUGCACUUGUAUGUUUGGAUUCUUCCUAGUCUCCCAUCCCAUCUGAGGGAUGUGUAUCCAUAGCUCCUCUGCCAACAGAUCUGUACACUUUUUUUCUGUUGUUGGAUUUCUGAAAAUGAAUGUGAAGCUACCAUAAAAUACCACUGAUGAAACAACAAUGACAUACAUUGCUACAGAUAAGGCCGUGUGCACUGUUUGUAAGAAGCUUUGUGCCUGUUUCCAAGUAGCCUGGAUUGAGGAUAUAUCAAGCACAUUCAUUUUGUUUUGUUAAGUGCCAUUAUGAUUUUGUGUGACUGGCGGAGUCGUUGUAUUUUUGGCUCAAGAGGAUACUGUACUGUGUGCUGUCUCCUGUACUAAGGAACGCCAGUUUGCUGAGUGUUCAAAUACCCUUCUGAUGCCUGCAUUUAUUUACCAUGCCAUUCCUGUCGCUAAUAUUUACCUCCUCUAUGUUGUGUAUUAUCUCAUUUACAGUAUUCCCCUGUCUGUUUCUUUUAGAAUAAAGCAAACAGCGAUUAAAAAAAAGGGAUUUGGCUGAGUCAG